GAAGUCGUCACCCCUCAAAGCACUUUUGAGUGCAAUCAUAUCAUACACGCUACAAACGCCUUUGCGACUGAUCAUAUACCCGGACUACGCGGCAAGAUGACGGGUGUUCUAAAGACCGCGACUAUGUUAAAACCAGGCCAGUUAUUCCGUACCACUCAAGGUUUUGUAUCGUGGUCGAACUCGCGCAAGGAGGGAGAAAAAGACCAUUUCAUGCAGACGCCGAUGAAAAACGGAGAUCCAGGCCAUAUUAUCCUAACCGGCAACUUUGCUCGCUCAGAAGCAAAAAAGGGGGUUAACAUGAUUGGGAACUAGGAUGAUACAUAUGUCGACCCUCUUCCCACCGCUCAUAUUCGCAACGUUAUACCGGAGGUCAUUGAUCCCUCCUGGGAGGACCCGCAGGGGUGGCAGGAUAAACAGGAG